UUCGUGUGUUUUAUAGGCCCUCUUCGGUUUCGGUUCUCCAUCUUUCUCAUCACCCCCUUGGAGGAAUUUCAUUUAUUCAUCUACAAAGCGGUCCGAGAACGAGACUUGAUGAAGUGGGUCACUCUGUUUUCUGCUCUUCCUUUUCUCUUUCAAAGGAGAGUCGAGAAUCAUUGUUACUCAGGCGACAGAAGCGAGGAAUUUCUGCACUUUUCAGGCUUGUCUGAUAAGUUCUAGAAAAGGGGUUGUGGGGAUUUAAGUGAAAUGGUCGGUAUCGGUAAAGAAAUCUUGAGGAACGAGGACUUGAACUUGUGCUUUGAGAAGCUAAUGAUGGUUGCUGGUGGUGGUGAUGGAAUCGAUGUUGGUGCUAAAGGAGUAAAAAUGGAGGGUGGGGUGGUAGCCGGAUGGAAGGACAUUCCCAUGGAGCUUUUGUUGCAAAUUGUGUCGCUUGUUGAUGAUCGCACUGUUAUUGUGGCUUCAGGCGUGUGUCGUGGAUGGAGGGAUGCUAUUUGCCUUGGCCUCAUCCAUCUUUCUUUCUCAUGGUGCAAAAAGAACAUGAACAACUUGGUCCUAUCCCUUGCUCCUAAAUUCGGAAAACUGCAAACUCUAAUCUUGCGCCAGGAUAAACCCCAGCUUGCAGAUGAUGCUGUUGAGACCAUUGCUAGUUACUGUCAUGACCUGCAGGUUCUGGACCUGAGCAAAAGUUUCAAGCUCAGUGAUCUCUCCCUAUAUGCCCUGGCUCACGGUUGCCGUGAUCUUAAAAAACUUAAUAUUAGUGGUUGUUCUGCAUUCAGUGACACUGCACUGGCUUAUCUGGCCAGUUAUUGCAGAAAGUUAAAAGUUCUUAAUCUUUGUGGCUGUGUCAAGGCUGCAUCUGACACCGCAUUGCAGGCUAUCGGACACUACUGUAAUCUUUUGCAGUCUGUCAAUCUUGGAUGGUGUGAAAAUGUGAGCGAUGUGGGUGUGAUGAGUUUGGCAUAUGGAUGUCCUGAUCUUCGAAUCCUAGACUUGUGCGGCUGUGUCCUAAUUACGGAUGAUAGUGUGAUUGCUUUGUCAAAUAUGUGCCCUCACCUGAGGUCCCUUGGCCUCUACUACUGUCAGAACAUAACAGACAGAGCAAUGUACUCUUUGGCACAUAGCUGUAUAAAGAACAAGCCUACAAAAUGGGGACCAGGGAAAGGCAUGAACGAUGACGAUGGACUUAGAACACUUAACAUCAGCCAAUGCACAGCUCUUACGCCCCCUGCUGUUCAAGCAGUUUGUGAUUCGUUUCCUGCUCUUCACACCUGCUCGGGUCGCCAUUCUCUCAUAAUGAGUGGCUGUCUAAAUUUGAUGUCUGUUCAUUGUGCCUGCGCAGUCCAAGCCCACCGUGCUCCAACUGCUUUUGCUCAUCCGGCUCAUUGAACAUGGGAUUAAGUUUAAAUUAUUGGUCCUUCUCAAAAGGACCCGACCCUUUUACCCGAAAACCAUGAUGUGUAUAUGUACUUGUUUCUCGGAAGAAUAGGAAUUGGAACAUUAUGAGGACUUUGUGCUAUCGGUUUUCCCUCCCUUUACAUCUGUAAAUAUGUACCUUCUGGACAUUGGAUGCCAAGCCUAUAUUCUUUGAACUCAUGCUUGGUUAGUUGUGGAAAUGCCUUGAAAUAUAUCAGUUUCAUAAGUUGAUUUCUGGACGGAAAA